AUGGAGUCGUCACCAAUAGCCAUAGACAAUGGUUCAUAUGAGAUCAAAUUCGGUACAACUGAUCUUUCCUCUCCUUACAGGGCCAUCAAUGCCUUUGCGAUAGACAAGUAUCAUACAACUUAUCUUUCUAAUCAAAUUAAGAAUAUCAAAGAUAUUACGUCAGUUACUUUUCGAAGGCCUCAUGAGUUGGGACAAUUGACAUCGUGGGAAUUAGAGAGUUCCAUUUGGGAUUAUGCCCUUUUUAACCCAGAUGAGUUUCCUGGGUUCGAUUUAAAUGAUUUGAAAGGGAAACACCUUAUUGCAAGUGAAACUUGUAUGACGUUGCCCGAAUUAAGCAAGAACAUGGACCAAGUUGUCUUUGAAGAAUAUGAAUUCGAUAGUUAUUACAAGAGCUCCAUUGCAGGAUUUAUUCAGUUUGCUGACGACAAGAAUACCAAAAUAAUAUCGGGGAAAACUGAGGAGGACAUCAGUUUAGACAGUGUGAACCAAGUGAGAGAAAAAGAAUAUAAUGAUUAUCAGCUUGUCAUCGACUCAGGCUUUAAUUGCACAUGGAUAAUACCUGUUAUUAAAGGUGUCCCUUACUAUAAGGCAGUUAAGAAGCUUGAUAUCGGUGGAAGAUUUUUAGAUGGGUUGUUGAAGGAGACAUUAUCAUUUAGACAUUAUGAUGUUAUGGAUGAAACGAUUCUGGUGAACAAUAUAAAGGAGAACUGUCUGUUUGUUAGCCCGACAUCAUAUUUUGAUUCUUUUAAGAACAAAAACGAGACUGCGGUUGAGUACGUGUUACCCAAUUUUCAAACAACAUUCUUAGGUCAUGUUCGAGAUAAAACUAAACCUCUUCCGGAAAAUACUCAGACAAUAAAGCUAUAUGAUGAAUUGUUUUCUGUGCCAGAGACAUUUUUCCACCCGGAAAUUGCAAGAAUAUUAAAACCUGGGCUGGUUGAAACAAUCUUGGAAAGUUUAUCCAUGGUUCCAGAACUAUUAAGACCCUUACUUGUGGGGAACCUAGUUUGCACGGGAGGUAAUUUUAACUUGCCUCAUUUUGCCACUAGGUUAACGUCAGAAUUACAGAGACAACUGCCGACAGAUUGGAUAUGUAGAACUUCUGUCCCCACUAAGGAGUGUGAAUUAUUUGGAUGGAAAGCCAUGGCUCAAUUUGCCAGUACAGAGUCGUACAGAAAAACAAGAGUGACUAGAGAGGAGUACUAUGAACAUGGUACUGAUUGGCUAACGAAGAAUAGAUUUGGCUACCAGAAUUGGAUAUAA